UACUACGACAUCAACCACUACUGAAAGAACGACCGCGUCCUCAACAAUGACAACUACUACAGUUACCACAUCGACCACUACUGAGGAAGCGAUCACGUCGUCAACAAUGACAACUACUCUUUCCUCCUCUACAACUCCGAGUACUGAUGCUACUGCGACUUCUCCUACGACGCAGAGCCUCGGAGAAGAUUUGCUUAAUGAAUCGCCCUCUUCUAGUACUACGACAACUACUACAUCGACCACCACUGAAGAAGCGACCACGUCCACAACAGUGACAACUACUUUGUCUUCCUCUAAAACGCCGACUACCGACUUCGCCGCGACCUCUACUACGACAGAGAGUCUCGAAGAGGGCUGGGUCGAUGAACUAUCCUCUUCAAGUACUACGACAUCUACUACAUCGACCACUACUGAGGAAGCGAUCACGUCCUCAAGGGUGACAACUACUCUAUCCUCCUCUACAACUCCGACGACUGACUUUGCCGCGACCUCUACUACGACAGAGAGUCUCGAGGAGGGCAAGGUCAAUGAAUU